AUGCUGUCAUCCACCCGCCGCCGCCGCACACUCUCACGAAACGACGCCAAUACGUUCCCACUGCCGGACGACUUUUUCUCGGCCAUUCAGCUCACGGACGCGCAGGUCCGAAGCUUCCAGACGCAGGUCGAGGACAUUGUUCGAAAGGCCUUAGAGGAGUACGAACAACACCAAGUGCAGCCACUGUACAGUGCGCCGUGGGUGCUGGUCGGCACCGAAGGCCCCUUGACGGCGGUGCGGAAGGAGUCACCGGAGGAGCUCGCGCACAGUGACUUCCGCCUCUACGGCUGCAUCCACGGCGACUAUCAGCAGUUCAUGGAGUACCACUACGCCGAGACGUCGCGAGCGCACUUCGAGUGCGCUCAGUUCAUGUUCGGCUACGCGGUGGACGCCGUCGUGCUCAAGAACAUCCACACGAGAGACAGUAACCGACCGCACGAGUACAUGGGCCUCAAGUGGACGUGUCUGCAGCCGUCUUCGUUUGGCCACAAGCGGGACAACUGCUUCCUCGAGUACCUCACGUACAGAACGGACAAACUCGGCCGCCAAGUGGGCGUCCGCGCGACGCUGCCCGUGGAGCUCCCGGAAUGCCCCGACCUGUACCCCUCGCUGAAAAUUAAACGCAUGAAGGCACAGAGCGUCUGCAUCGUCCGCCCCGCCGGCUCCUCGGCCGACGCGACGCAGCUCUUCCUCAUGAGCACCAACGACUUUGCUGGGCUGUCCCCCAGCGCCAGGAACUUUAGGAAGUACUUGUGCAUUUACAACGACAUGCCCCUCAUCGCCGACUCGAAGCACAUUCUGAAGCACGGGAUCGUGAGCAAAGACAAGUGGGUGGCGAACGACGAGCGCAGGGCGUGCACGCGGUGUCAGCUUCCGUUCAACACGGCGACGCGGCGCCGGUCGCACUGCCGACUGUGCGGAGACCUCUUCUGCCGCCACUGCGUGAUCCUUCGCAACGUGCCGCGCGACGACAGCAAGUCGCGCGUGUUCCAGCUGACCAAGACGCACUUUUGCAUGACGUGUGUGUCACGUGUCCGUCGAGGAAGUCACGACGCUUUGCCCGUGCUGACAUCGGAGCGUGGACGUGCGCUUUCGCUCGCGCGCGGCGGCGGCGCCUGUCAGAGCCUCAGCUACGACACAAGGGGCGUCGAAGGGUGCAAAGCCAUGAGCACUGGCCACGAGCAGAGCAGCUCGGUCCGGCAGGAGUGGUGGAACGACCUCGAGCCGUACCACGGGUCCGUGUCCGAGUGGUCCGAGACGGACUCCGAGGACGCCAGCAAAGCGUCCUUCAGCCUCUCGGGGCGCUCGAGAGCGGCGAACCCAUUGUCCUCGUCCCAGUCGUCCUGGACAACGGCUCGCGGGGACACCAACAACGACAGCGACAACGACAACACUCACGACAAUAGCGACAACAACAACAUCAACAACAGCGUGGACCGCGACGACAGUUUGUCGUUCAUAGCGACGCUGGACGUCAUUGACGACGACGUAGCGAUCCUCGCUGAGAAGCGAGAGCCGCACGGCAAGUUCAAGCUCCAGAAUCAGCUGGUGAAAGCGAAGCACUUUACGACCAGUCGACGACGUCUGCCACGGAAGCAGCUGCUGCUGACUCCGCACAUGUCGAGCGGUGGCCUUCGCGAGGUCGCUGAGGGCGAAGACACGACCGACGUGAUCCCAAUAGUUGAGCUCCGACGCCGGUCACGGGCGGAGAGCGCCGACAACGUGUUACUCGCUCCCUCGGGGCAAAGUGAAGAGCUGGCGCUGGUGAGCCCGAGUGGCUUUGACCGUCGCCUAACCGGUGACGAGCCGACCGCUCGAUUCCGCUCGUCCCGCUCCAUCAGUCAGUGUCUCGCGGAGCAGGAGGAGCUCCUGCGGCGCAUGUUGGAUGCCAGUCGAGCCCACUCGAGCUCUGGCGCGGGGGUAUUGACGCGACGGCGGAGCAAACCCGCGAAGGUGAACUUGUCGGCGACAAUGCCCGCGAGCAUGCGCCUGUACGAGUACUGA